UGUGUCACGCCAUAACCAAAUCAUCCCAUCGAAAAUAACGUGCCACUUAGGUAUUGCCGCCUUCCCACUCGAAGCAUCAAGGAUCUGCUAGCGUAACAGUACCGUCAUGCUGUGAUAUUUAUACCACACAUGACACAGCCUGUGAGAUUAGCGCAAAAAAGAGCAAGUACAACUGCACCAAAUAGACCAACCCAAUCUUCUGUAUAGCAGCUCCUUCUAUAAAAUCCGCCAUUUUUCUCCUCUCUUCGAGCUCUUUGUCUCCGCCAUUAGAGCAUUUCUUGAACUUUCAAAUUGUAAAUUUACGUUUCCAAGUCAAGUGUAGAUCGUGAAAAUAGAAACCCAUCAGCUUACACUGUUAACUCACUGGUUAGUCGAAGUGAAUAUUGUUAUUUGCAAUUGUUUUAAAUCAUGGUCUAUCUAAAAGAUUCACACUCCCACUCGAAUUCCAACAAUGCUACAAACGCACACCGGACGUCGCUGUGGUACCACGCUCCGCCGCCAUCUACCACCAAAUCUUUUUGCUCCGUUGGUCGUUCCAUGCGCACCAUUCGGUCUAACUUCUUCCAGUCUGAGAAAUCGCCACUUGUCUCCGAGAACUUGACCGACUCAGUGAUUGACCUGCGACUUGGCGAACUCGCCAAUAAAUCACAUAUUGAUUCAAUACCCUCGUCAUCCUCGGAUGCCAUAGACCAUUUUUUGGAAAUCUCACAGACAUUCAGCGAUUACUCGGCAUGCUCCAGUGAUAUCUCCGGAGAGCUCCAGGUGCUCGCAAGUUUACCGAGUCCAGUAGAUCCGGACCUGAACCAGGGAUCGAAAUCUGAACCCGAGCCAGAACCAUGUCCAGGAUUCUUGCAGAGAGAAACAUUUUCCACAGAAAUUGUUGGAAGUAUUUCUCCAGAAGACCUUCAACCUACUGUUAAACUAUGUGUUGAUGGGUUGAAAUCAUCCUCAAUUGCAGUGAAAAGAUCAGCAGCAGCUAAACUAAGACAGUUAGCGAAAAAUCGGGUCGACAAUCGGGCCAUGAUUGGAGAGUCCGGGGCGGUUCCCGCUUUGAUCUCGCUUCUUCGUUCCUCGGACCCUUGGACACAGGAAAAUGCAGUUACUGCUUUGCUUAAUGUCUCUCUGCAUGAAAGUAAUAAAAGCUUAAUUGCAAGUUCUGGUGCCAUAAAAUCCUUAAUAUAUGUGUUGAAAACAGGGACUGAAACUUCUAAACAGAAUGCGGCGUGCACAUUGCUUAGCUUGUCUUUGAUUGAUGAGAAUAAAUCAUCCAUUGGGGCUUGCGGUGCAAUCCCACCUUUAGUGGCGUUGCUCAUAAAUGGGUCGAAUAGGGGAAAAAAAGAUGCAUUAACGACGUUAUACAAACUAUGCUCAGUAAGGGUGAAUAAGGAAAGGGCGGUGAGUGCGGGUGCUGCGGGGCCGUUGGUGGGGCUUGUAGGGGAGCAGGGAACAGGCCUGGCAGAGAAGGCCAUGGUAGUGUUGAGCAGUUUAUCUGGGAUUGAAAUGGGACGAGAGGCUAUCAUGAAGGAAGGCGGUAUCGUGGCUCUCGUGGAGGCACUUGAGGAUGGGAGUGACAAGGGCAAGGAAUUUGCAGUUUUAACUUUGUUGCAAUUGUGUGGGGAGAGUGUUAAGAAUAGAGAAUUGCUUGUUGGGGAGGGAGGAAUUCCCCCUCUUGUUGCAUUAUCCCAGACUGGGACGGCUAAAGCUAUGCAUAAGGCUGAAACGCUACUUAUGUACUUGAGAGAAUCAAGACUAGAGACUUCAACUCCAUAGAGAGGUUUCUUAGAUGGUUUUGUUACUUCGUAUAUACAGGAAUUGUUUUCGGAGGGUUUUUAUUGAGUAAUUUGAGGUUUAUCAUGAAUGUUUGGAGGGGAAAAAAAAAUUAGAAGCUAGCUUUUGUUUUGAGUUGAGAAGUUUUGUUUGGGAUAUCCAAAUUGUAUGGAAUGUUGUACUAGUUACUUUCAUGAUCUGGUGUAUAAAAGGCUAAGUGAUACUUGAGUUUGGCUUAACUCAGUAUUCUAUAUACUCGUUCAUGGUUAGAUUUGAUUCAUUUUUCCUUGACCUGUGCACGGUUUUCAUAAAUGAUUAUUGGCAAGACUUGAAAUCAUGACAUAACUUGGAAAAAGUGUAAGAUGUUUGAGUUGGGGAUUAAUGUGAAUUGAAAUUUGGAAAAUGCUAUAUGUACACCAUGAGAUGUACACAAUGGGUUACACCCCCCUCACAUAGAGAGAGGUUUACUAUUAUUUUAUUGUAUGUGAACCCCGUCCAUGUGAAGGGGGUGUAAUGUUGUGUGUACACAUAGUAUUUCCCAAUAAAUUUAGGUUUGAACAUGACAUACCUAUCAUUUGAAAGAGACUCUACAGCUGGCCAACUUGCACUUUUGGACAACAAAGGUAAAGAUAGUUUAUUCACCUGUCUAGAUCAGCCCUUGAUUUAUCCUUUGACCUGUUUGAUAUCUCUCCAAUUUGUUUAACAUUGUUAAAUUCAGUUUAGCUCUGAGACAAAACUACAGUGAAGCGGCGGCGCUUUUGAAUAUGCUGUGGUCUCAACGCCCUUACGAGGUAGCAAUGAGUUUCACUUGGGAUUCUAUAAUAAUCAUCGACAUUGGAUCUAGUAUUAUAAGUUAAUCAUCUCGGAGUAAGAUUAAAACUAAAGGGAUUGUAGGGUCACUGGACCCCUAACUCUUGGUUGUAAAGUUGAGCAACCUACAAUGUAUUAGUCCUACCAUAAUGCAUGUACAUAUUCACUAUGAUAAAGCCAAGAAACCCCACAAGAAGAUUAUGUAAUUUGGUACAAAUUUUAUGAUU